GUGCUAAGGCCAGGGCCAUCUUUGGUCGUCCUCGCCGGUCGCUCUACAACUACAGUAAUAAAUCCAACCCUGUACCACAUUUACAGCAUUAAAUCACUGCUUUCACAGACACCUGGUUGCCUCGCACGAGUCUAGUUCGAAUUAAGGGCGUGACCUCUCUGUUUUCCUUUCGCACGAUUUUUUGGUCUUGCAGGUUAAAGAGGGAGGUUGCGCUAGGCUCCGUUGCAGUACAACAUGGAUGAGGAAUAUGAUGUGAUCGUACUGGGCACCGGGCUCACAGAAUGUAUUCUCUCUGGGAUCAUGUCAGUGAAUGGCAAGAAAGUUCUACACAUGGACAGGAACCCAUACUAUGGAGGAGAAAGCUCCUCCAUCACCCCUCUGGAGGAGCUUUAUAAGCGAUUUGAGCUUCCAGAUGGGCCUCCAGAGUCGAUGGGGCGGGGCAGAGACUGGAAUGUUGACCUCAUCCCUAAAUUUCUCAUGGCCAAUGGGCAGCUAGUCAAGAUGCUGUUAUAUACUGAGGUGACCAGAUAUCUGGACUUCAAAGUGGUGGAGGGAAGCUUUGUGUACAAAGGAGGAAAGAUCUAUAAAGUGCCCUCAACAGAGACUGAGGCACUGGCUUCAAAUCUAAUGGGAAUGUUUGAGAAGAGACGUUUCCGGAAGUUCCUAGUUUUUGUAGCCAACUUUGACGAGAACGACCCAAAGACCUUCGAGGGAGUUGACCCCAAACAGACAACAAUGGGAGAAGUGUACAAGAAAUUUGACUUGGGGCAGGAUGUGAUCGAUUUUACCGGACAUGCCUUGGCCCUCUACAGGACAGACGAUUACCUUGAGCAGCCAUGCCUGGAGACCAUCAAUCGGAUCAAGCUGUAUAGCGAAUCUCUGGCUCGCUAUGGGAAAAGCCCAUACCUGUACCCAUUAUACGGUCUGGGGGAACUUCCUCAGGGCUUCGCCAGGCUAAGUGCAAUUUAUGGAGGAACCUACAUGCUGAACAAACCGGUGGAUGAGAUAGUCGUAGAGGAUGGUCAUGUCAUUGGAGUGAAAUCAGAAGGAGAGAUUGCUCGAUGCAAGCAGCUUAUCUGUGACCCCAGCUACAUUCCAGACCGUGUGCGCAAAGCAGGCCAGGUGAUUCGGGUCAUCUGCAUCCUCAGCCAUCCCAUAAAAAACACUAAUGAUGCUAACUCCUGCCAGAUCAUCAUCCCCCAGAACCAGGUUAAUCGCAAGUCAGAUAUCUAUGUGUGCAUGAUUUCCUAUGCCCAUAAUGUUGCGGCACAAGGAAAGUACAUUGCCAUCGUAAGCACCACUGUGGAAACUGCGGAGCCUGAAGCUGAAAUUGAGCCUGCUCUGGAGCUCCUUGAGCCCAUCGACCAAAAGUUUGUGGCCAUCAGUGACAUGUAUGAACCAACAGAUGAUGGUUCAGAGAGCCAGAUAUUCGCAUCACGGUCUUACGACGCGACCACCCACUUCGAGACGACCUGUAAUGACAUCAAGGAUAUCUACAAGCGCAUGACGGGCAGCGACUUUGACUUCGAGAAUAUGAAGCGCAAACAGAACGACGUCUUCGGGGAGGAUGAGCAGUGAGCAAGGAGACUAAGAUGGAGGGUGAGCGAUGAGGACAGCAACAAGGGGAACAGACACCUAGUGUAUUGCUUUGCUUUAGAUAAAUGGAUUUGAUUUAAAAAGAUCAAAAGUUGAGUGCAAGUUACAGCAAACAAGCCUAGUCAUAGACAGCGUUCAGCUGUCCUUAACUUUCCUUUGUCUUGUCUUACCCCUUGUUUCCUCCUCUCUCUCAGUCCCUUUUUCCCAAGUAUGUACACUUUAGCACAGAGGCACAAUGCUCUUACGCUCACAUUCCCCAACUCAUCCUUAACAAAGCAGGCUGAUGUUAGACCUUUCGUGAACACGUCAUGCAUCGUUUUUGAGCUACUAUCCUGUCGAAGUGAAACAUAUCCAAGCCUUAUUUGUUUGGGAGUCAUUUUGGGUUUUUUUUGAGUGAUGCCUUUGGUGGCAGCUCAUGUCUUUACAUAAUCCACUAAUGAGAGACAAUGUAACAAUGUCUCAAGUAGAUAUAAACUGUGAAAUCACUACGAAACACCAAACCAAACUGUUUAUCCCACACAUGCUUAAUGUGACUUUCCACAUUUCAGUAAUAGCAUUGUUUAAUUUGAAGACACUAAAAUAAGUACUACAGACUGUUGGUAACAGAGCCACGGCAGCCUUCCCACACACUGGAAAGUGUCUUUGGCAAGUACAAAGCUUCACACCCAGGUCUGUGCAUAUGCAGAGUUGAUGACCAUCACAUCAUUUAAAAAGGGCAGAACAUUGAUUUAAAAUGUGGAGAAUCUCCUUGCAUGCACCUUUCAGACAACUUAAAGAUGGGUUCCACUGCAUUUCCAAACUCUGCUUUUAUUACACUAUAGCUGUUCACAAAUAUACUCUGCAUAUUACGUUUCUUCUGUUUGGCAGUGAAUAUGGUGAAUAUGAGGCCUGGAACGGCACAUGCAGUUGGAGUUAAAAGCCAUUAACACUUUUGGCUACAUUCACAUUACAAGCCUCAUUGCUCAGGUCUCGAUUUUUUGCCCAGAUCCAGAUUUUCUAACUCUGUAGUUCACAUUUGUGUAGAUCAAAUUUGUCAAUAAUGCAAACAGACCUGUGCCCUGAAACAUCCCGCAUGCACAUUCCUGAUGAGUAACAUGAUGUGAAUGAACCAUGAUGUGUAAUGAAGAAUAAACAAAAUGACCAUGAGAACAAGGUUUUGUCACGAAGAUCAUUUGCCCUGUUCUCAGCUGUUCAUUAUUAGAGCAAGAUAAGGGCAAAAAAUGGUCAGAUACAUUGCUUUUGCACCGUUUUCUGGCACAUACUUCAGAUUCCAUGUUUGUACUGAAUGAUGGUGCAUGGGCAGUGGAAAAAAGAAAUCAAUUCUGAUCUCAGUGUUCAUGGCCCCGAAUUAGAAAUUAGAAAGAGCUGAUUUGAAAAGAUCCGAUUCGAGUGUCCACACAGCUCUGAAAAAGUCAGAUUUGUGCCACUUUAGCCUGGUAAUGUGAACGUAACCUUUGUUGCCCGAGUAGAAGGAUGUAAAUGAUUUACCUGCAAUUGGUAUUUAUAGCUGCAGCAGUUUCUAUAGGAAUCAUGUCAAUGUGAAUGAAAAAAAAAAAAGCCUAUCGUGUCUUUUUGCGGUUUGACACUUAACGUAUCCUCUAGUUGUUCUGGCUUUAUAAACUAGGCUGGACCCUGGUCUAAAAACUUUGUUCUCUUUGUGUCAAUUUUGAUUGAAUUUGUGUGCUGGAGUGGCUCCUACCAUGGACUGUUACCUUGCAGUCGACAUGCUUGAGUCACUUUGUAAUAUUUUACACUUAAAAAAUCAGUGUGUAAAGAGUUAACACGUAACGUUGUUAGUACGAACUGAGACUAAUUCUUUCCUGUUCUUUUUUUAUCGUUUCAUUUUUAUUUCCAGACACUUUAUUCUUAAGGGUCUUAAGUGUGCUCUUUGUUGGUCGCUUUGUGAUUUUUUUGUUAACGUAGAUGGUUUUGUUGAUACCGGCCUCCCAGUGCCACCUGAAGCUGUGCAUUUUGAGCAUUUAACUACACUGUCAGCGUGGCUCACGCAUCGGUUGGAUGUCCUGUAUUGACUUCCCGUGUUCAACUUGCUGAGUCUAUGAUUGCGAUGGUAGUUUUCAUGUAGUUUCACAGGGAAAAAGGUAAAAAAUCAACAGCAAGUUGCUUGUGGUCUUUCAGACCCACUUACCAUGCUACAAGUCCUGCAUCAUCUGAUUUUCGUCUUCUUUCAUCCGUGUGUGACGUUAAACGACAGACAAUGUUGUCAAUGGACACUGAAUCAAAUAGCAUUACUGGCAAGCAUAGUUCUGUUUGGAAUUAUCUUCUGCAUCGUCUUGUUUGUUUGAUUUCUAGUAGCUGUUUAAAUGUUAUUUUGUACUUUUAUUUAUUUUCCAUUAUGUGUAUCUUGAAACUAAACACUUUAACACUGGCAUAUGAACUUCAGACAAAGCAGUUUAAGUUGUGACUUUAUCACAGGUGUUUGAGCAGUCUUGUGCAAUGAAUGAAAUAAAUUCAAAUGUGAAUAAAAUGCUGAGAAUCUCAA